UUCAGUAUACCGAUGAAAAUGGAGGCUGAGCAACGCAGAGCCCAUGUAGUGGUUCUUCCAUAUCCAAGCCAGGGCCACAUCAACCCUCUCCUCCAAUUCGCAAAGCGUUUGGCUUCCAAAGGACUCAAGGCCACACUCGCCACAACUCACUACACGGUCAAAUCCAUCCAUGCUCCGAACGUCGGGGUCGAACCCAUAUCUGACGGGUUCGAUGAGAAGGGGUUCGCUCAAGCCGGGAGCGAAGCCGUCUUCCUCCAGUCGUUUGAGGAACACGGCUCGAGAACAUUGUCUGAAGUUAUCGAGAAGUACUCGAGCACCGAUGCCCCCGUCACUUGCGUGGUCUACGACUCCUUUUUCCCGUGGGCUCUCAAUGUGGCUAAGCAGCAUGGCAUAUUCGGUGCGGCAUUCUUCACUAACUCAGUCGCGAUCUCGAACAUAUUCUACCGCUUGCACUGUGGACUGCUCAAAUUGCCGCUGGAAUUCCACGAUGAGGCGCUUUUGGUUCCCGGCUUGCCUCCGCUAAACUCACGGGACCUCCCGAGUUUUCUUCAGUCGCCUGGAACCUACCCUGCUUACUUAGCCAUGAAGCUGAGACAGUUCACUAACACAGACAAGGCUGAUUGGAUUUUCGGAAACAGCUUUGAGGCCUUAGAAUAUGAGGAAGCAAAGAGCAUAUCAGAUCUUUGGCCAGCAAAGUUGAUCGGUCCAAUGGUCCCAUCUACAUACUUGGACUGCCGCAUAGACAAAGACGACACGUACGGCGCGAGCUUAUGGAAGCCGUUAAACAUCGAGUGCGCCCAUUGGCUCGAGACGAAGCCUCCUAAAUCGGUGGUGUACGUCUCCUUUGGAAGCAUGAUUUCAUUGACUGCGGAGCAAAUGGAGGAGAUAGCAUGGGGGCUAAAGGAAAGCGGCUUCCCUUUCCUAUGGGUGGUGAGGCCAUCCGAGCUCGAUAAGUUGCCACAAGGGUUCGGAGAAUUUGUUCAAGAAAAGGUCAUGAUCGCCACGUGGUGCAACCAAUUGGAAGUCCUGGCCCACCGAGCCACGGGCUGUUUCAUGACACACUGCGGGUGGAACUCGACCCUCGAGGGGCUGAGCGCAGGGGUCCCGAUGGUCGGGGUCCCCCGGUUCGCCGACCAAUUUACCAACGCCAAGUAUGUGGAGGAGAUUUGGGGAGUAGGAGUGAGGCCCAAGGAGGAUGAGGAGGGGGUGGUGAGGAGAGAGGAGGUUGUGAAGUGUCUGAACGAGGUGAUGAGAGGAGACAGAAGCGAUGAGAUCGAGAGGAAUGGAAGGAAAUGGAUGGAAUUGGCUAAGGAAGCAAUCAGUGAAGGCGGGAGCUCUGACCGGUGCAUCAAUGAAUUUGUGGAGCAUCUGGCGUCUCACGGGGAAGAAAGGAGACAAGUUGAUUGAGGGGGCAUUAUCAAGUCUCAGAUUUAGUCAUUCUAUGGUCUUUUCAUGUUCUCUUUCGUUUGUCGGUAUUCUUGUUUUUAAGUUUCUCUUUGUUGUCCAGUCAAUAUCAUUUAAGAAAGACGUGACGGAUUCCAAACACCAUAAAUAUUCACAUCAUUACAUUAAA